AUGGAAGCAGGCAUGGACUCGCUCUCGGCUGUCGAGUUCCGCAACCGCCUGUCCAAUGAAUUGCAAGGGGUCAAGCUGCCCAACACAUUGAUCUUCGACUACCCGACAGCUGCAGCCAUCAGCAUGUUCGCGGCGUCUCAGCUGAGCCAAGUGGCGGGCGCAGGACAAGUGGCUCCGGUGCCAGAGCAGCAAAAGGGAGAGAAGAAGGUGGGUGCUCCCGGGAUCAGUGCAUCACAGGUCGAAGCCUUGGUGCUUGAGAUCGCGAGCGAAGUCACCGGUCACGGAGUGGAUCCGCAGGAGCCAUUGAUGGACUCUGGUCUCGACUCUUUGGCCGCCGUCGAAUUCCGAAAUCGGCUGUCCAACGAGCUCCAGGGCAUCAAGUUGCCCAACACGUUGAUCUUCGACUACCCGACGGUCGCCGCCAUCAGCAACUACGCCGUGGCACAGCUGGGCCCUGCAACUGCCGCACUGGGCCCAGUCUCUGGCGGAUCGUUCGUGGCCUCUGGCGCCUUUGCCUCAGUGAUGGGCUUGGCUGCCAGUUUGCCCGGCCGCCGCGACGAUGGCUUUUGGGAGGACUUGGUGGAGAAGAAGGACUCUGUCAUUGAGAUUCCCUUCACGCGCUGGGAUCUCGACGUCUAUUACAGCGCGGAUCCGGAUGCACCCGGCAAGACGUACGCAAAGCACGGCGGCUUCAUCGAGGGCGCUGAGCUCUUCGAUCCCUCCUGCUUCGCCCUCUCCGCUGCAGAGGCUGCGACCAUCGAUCCUCAACAGCGGUUGCUGCUUGAGGCAGCGCACACGGCCUUCCUGGCCUCCGGCAAAGAACGGGAGCAGCUGAUGGGCUCGGACGUGGGUGUCUUCGUGGGGCAGUGCCAGUAUGACUGGUUCGUGAUGGUGUCGGUGGGCGACAAGUUCAAUCCAUACACUGGAACCGGAAUUUCAGCUUCCAUCAGUGCGAACCGAACCUCGUACAUCUUCGGAGUGAAGGGCCCAAGCUUGACAUGUGACACGGCCUGCUCUUCCUCGCUGGUGGCUGCCGAUGCGGCGCUGUCUUCCCUUCGCAGGGGAACAGCAGAAGGCGCCCUGGCUGCCGGAACCAACCUCAUUCUUGGUACUGGUCCGUACAUCAGCUUCAGCAAGGCCAAGAUGCUUUCCGAGGAUGGCCGUUGCUUCACCUUCGAUGCCUCGGCAAAUGGCUACGCACGUGGAGAGGGUGUGGGAGCAGCGUUCCUUGCCGUCCUGGCGGAUGGGGACGGAGAUGUUUCCGCCCGAGCCCUUCUCCGGGGAACGGCUGCAAAUCAGGAUGGGCGCUCGGCAUCCCUCACAGCCCCCAACGGUCCAUCACAGCAGGCAGUGAUCCGACGAGCGCUCUCGGAAGCCGCGGCCAGCGUGGGCGAGGUGGCUUUGAUUGAGUGCCAUGGCACCGGCACUGCGCUUGGGGAUCCCAUCGAAGUGGACGCUCUCAAGACGGUGCUUGGCGAGGCUUCAUCUGUGGCUUUGGGAGCAGCGAAGACCAACAUUGCGCACUUGGAGGGUUCAGCAGGCAUUGCUGGCUUCCUCAAGAGUGUCCACAUGUUGGAGAAGAAGCAGGUUCCUGCGAACUUGCACUUCCAGAGCUUGAACCCGCAUAUCGACUUGGAAGACUUCCAGGCCGUCAUUCCAGUGGAGCUGCACGAGCUUCCUUCCGGCAACGUCGUUUCAGGCCUCUCCUCCUUCGGCUUUGGUGGGACGAACGCGCACCUGACCUUCGGCAACUCCUCGGGUCGCGAGAGCCAGCGCAUGACCGUCUCAGAACCAGCAGCUGAUGAGGGAGCCAUCACUUUCAGGCACGCUUCUUUCCCUUGGCGUGAGACGGCCUACCGGUGCCUGCGACGGAAGAUCACGGAAGGUCGAGAUGUGCACUACGAGUGCACCAUCAAGUCAGACAUCUUCAAAGUCUGUGCCGAGCAUGUGGCCUUCAACGAGAUUGUGGUGCCAGGCGUGGUCUACGUCGAACAUGCAAUGGAGGCCUGCCACAUCGGAUCUAGCUUCAUAUAA